GAAAAAGUUGGGACGUGUGAGCGGGUCUCCGACUCGCGAACAUAACAGAAGGCAGCAGAAGAGGCGCGACGCACGCAGUCGGACGUGUGGAUAAAACGGCACUUGUGCUUCUACCCUGGGUCCCAACCGGGCACUUACACAACAGCCACACUCUGAGGAAAGGAGCCAAAAUGAGCACUGCCAUCGUGUCGCCUUUCUUCAACGACUACUCGAGUAGUGCGAUGUAUUGCAAGAAUAACGGCAGCAGCUACGCCGGCAGUCGGUCGGGCUUCGCAAGUCCGCUGGAUCAUCGCAAGCCGCCGCCGCCGGUUCCACACAGUAUCGUCGGACUUCGCCGAUCGUCAUCUAGUGUGACACCAACGAGCGUGCUGCGGCCACAGUCUCCGCCGAAGACUCCACUCAGGAUGACUGUCAACGGCAGUGCAGUGUUCAGUGCGACGACGACCAGCGCGUCCAGCAACACUCUGCAGCAACGUGAACACCGUAAGCUUGACCGCAGCUACAGUGAGCCCGUCGACAGGCGGCCCGCGGGCCAGGCCGCCGCAGUUCAGCAGGCACCUCAAAAUUCGAGUCGCUACAAGACGGAGCUCUGCAGGCCCUUCGAAGAGAGCGGCACUUGCAAGUACGGCGACAAGUGCCAGUUCGCGCACGGUGGUCACGAGUUGCGCACGCUGGCGCGCCACCCAAAGUACAAGACGGAGUUGUGUCGCACGUUUCACACGACGGGAUUCUGCCCCUACGGACCCCGCUGUCACUUUAUUCACAACUCCGAGGAAUCGCGCAAGAGCCUCAUCAACAACCUGAACCCGGGCCAGCCGAACGACAUUACGCACCACCAGCAGACGAGGCCCAAGGCCCUAUCCAUCGGAAGUUUCGGCAGCCUGGGAUCGGCCGGCGAACUCUCCCCACCAUCGAGUCCCAUGUACGAUGACGCCUUUGGAAAUUACCCGCUGACGCCCGCGUCGUCGACGUGUAACACGGCCUUUGCGUUCUCGCACGACUUUGCUUCUCUGGUCACAUCGCCGAGCGUCAAAAGCGGUGUCGUGCAAGCCGGGUUCCCAGCGUUUGGUGGCUCGCAGCCAACGCUGAUGUCGUCGCCGUUCUCGGCACUGUCCAUCGCGGGGUCGGAGACUGCGUUCCCCUUCCCGCCAGCGAGAGUGGGCGGCAUUUUCGAAGGCCCACCGUCGCCCGUGGAUUCGCUUGGCUCCGAACUGGAUACGAUCAGCGUGAACGGCUCUCCGGGUCAGGCGUCCUGCAACUCUCCCAUCGGCAGGCUACCCAUCUUCAACCAGCUGGCCAACCCGAGGGACGGCGAGUAAAGUUACCCCUCCCCCAAGUUUGUGGCACGUCGGCAAGUACUACCAUAACGCCGUUACCAAAAUGCUGUUUCUCUGUGUACAUUACCCGUUACCUGCCAGAGUGAAGCAGUGUCUCCAUCCGUAUCCUCUGAAAGAACUCUCCACAUAUAUUUAUUGCUUUUAAGUGACAAGAAUGGCAAGCACCCCCGUAUAUCAUAUUUAUUGCUUUCUUAGAGCGGGCAUAAGGCGAUGCCAAAAUCUCUCUAUGGAGUAGGAUCAGAGAGUACUGGUCACCAUACGAGAAACGUGUAGAGAAAUCCUCCGCUGUAACUGAGUGCUAUCUACUGGGCAUUGGCAGGUAACGUGGUCUUGCGAGAUGUAUCUGCUCAAGACAACUACACUACACCCUCAAGUCAAGGGACCAAGCGUUUUAGUCGAACAGAGUUUGCCAUAACACCCUCGUUCUUUUUUUUUUUUUUUCUUUGUUAGCAAGGGGGUUGUCCUGUACAAUAAUCGUUAAUCUGCGAUGGAGUCUUAAUUCCCCAUAGCCUUUCAUUCAGCACUACUGCUUUAUGUGUCAUGUAUUUAAGAAGAGAGAGAGAGAAAACAAUCUAUGUGUAGUCACCACUUUUUUCCCUAGUGCAUCUUUGAAGAAAAAAAAUAAGGGAUAUUUUAUUUGUUUCCUCCGCAUUAUCAUGCUCUUUUUGUGUUCCUUACUUCUCCUGUCGUAUUUAUUUGAUUUAUUAUUAUUAUUAUUCUGCAUUGUACACUAUGCCAUCAGACGCUCUCAAACAGGUGGUUAAGGAAAACCCUGCCCGUGAUCGACAUUAAUUAUUGAUGGGCUGAAAAAAAAAGUGUUGCGUUGAGUGGCUUUGAAUCAUUCUUCAGCUUGUCACCCGUGUAACUUAUUGAUUGAAUGACGCAACCAAGCGAGCAUAAUCUUUGCCAACAUAUUGCAUAUUUUUCUACUGAGUAUUACGGUGCAUUUUUUGUUUGCUUGGAGUCCAAGCAAAGAAAAAACGAUGCUCUACCACCCCCCUCCGUUUCAAGCAGUUUAGGAUCAUCGCCCGCCACAACUUUGAGCGAGAGUUGCGUGUUUUACAAUGUCUUCACGUUCUGUACCUUGUAUUUAACUAAUUUAUUUAUUUUAAGCUAUUUCAUAGGUGAAGCUAAGAAAGAAAAAGCAAACAAUGCUCAUAUUUAAGCUCGAGAGCCCUCCCGUUUCCAACAGGUUCUUUGUCAACCCGAAAGUUCAGCAACUGUGCUCUUUUGGGAGAGGCCCAUUUAAAGGUUAAAAGGGGGGGUAAAGACAGUAAGCAUUUGUUAGGUACCGGAUGCCAAAGAGACGACCACAGGAUUGAUAACGAAAACGGUUUUGGCUUGCAUUUGGUGUGUUCAGUUUGGUCGUGGAUAUACUUUUAAUCUUCACUGUUUCUCUCAUGUUAUUUAACUCGUGUACUUUUGUGUUUUAAAUUUGAAAAAAAGAUCUCAGCUUAGAGGAAACGGGAAAAAAAAAGAAAGAAAGACACAAAUAGUGGCUCUGCCCGCUGCAAAAGAUAAAGCAUAAUUGCACAAAAGAGCUGACAACAGUCCAUCGUGGUUUUCCAGUGUGAUAUCGAGAGUCAGUCGGCCUCUCUAUUAUUGUAAACUUUCAUGUGUGUGUUGUUUGACUGCCUGAGGUGCCUUACAUUGUAGCUUAGGAUAAAAGGACGCAGAUGUGGACCAAGUAUAUAUUUGCAAAGAGGAGUAUUAUUUUGUAACUUUUUACCUGUCAGAUAUUUGCAUUCCUAUUCACAAGACGGAGAGCUACUGCAUCGUGUAACGUUACAGCCAAUAAUGUUGCAUAAUAUUUUGGUGUCUUCGCUACACACCUUCCAUGUUUCCCUUUCCUCAAGUGGCCUUAUCAUAGUUGUACCAUACUGAUACUAUCAAAUUGAUGUUUGCAUUAUGUCACUUUUGUUUUCUGAGAACCAAGAAAAGGCAUCUGUAUUCGUGAGAGAUUUUUACAGAAAGAACUUAAAGAUGAAAAUAAACGAAGUUUUAAGUUAUUAA